AGUAUGUGUAAAGGCAAUAUUUUUGUCUGUUACUGAUGUUUUUGGUUUUGUACUCCUCUUUUGUUGUUUUCACAAUAGUAAAUACAUCAGUUAUCUGCAUAUCUGUAUGAUUUUGACAUUUGUUGCAAUUUCUCUUUUGUAUAACAACAUACGGAAGUAGUUCCACUUCCCAAUUUCCAAAUUGAAAAAAGGCUCACAAUGGGAAACAUUCUUAACUUUUUUGUACUUGAAAUCUUUUUGGUUGUUGUUUUAACACCAAAUUCUUGUGCUGCUUCACCCAAUAUCAUCAAAUCUGUACCAGGGUUUCCGGGCAUUCUCCCAUUUCACCUUGAAACAGGGUAUGUAGGGGUAGGAGAGAAUGAAGAAGUGCAAUUAUUUUACUACUUCAUUAAGUCAGAGAGAAAUCCUGAGAAAGACCCGCUUAUGCUGUGGCUCACUGGAGGUCCUGGUUGCUCUGCUCUUUCCGGACUUGUUUUAGAGAUUGGUCCUCUGAUUUUCAAUACUUCUGCUUGCGAUUGGCACUCGAAAUCACCAACAUAUCAGUUAAAUCCUUUUUCUUGGACUAAGAUAGCUAGCAUAAUAUUUCUGGAUUCACCUGUUGGCACGGGAUUCUCCUAUGCAAAAAAUCCAGGAGGUUACUACACUGACGAUAUUACAUCAUCAAGGCGUGUUUAUCAAUUCUUGAGUAAGUGGCUCGUGGACCAUGGUGGAUUCAUUAGUAAUCCUCUUUACAUAUCCGGAGAUUCCUAUUGUGGCAGGACUGUCCCUAUUAUUGUCCAAGAGAUUUCCAAUGGGAAUAAAGUUGGAAUUCAGCCUGUUAUGAAUCUCCAGGGAUAUAUUCUUGGAAACCCAUCAACACAGCAUGAGGAGGAAGAGACGAAAUCAAAAUAUGAUUAUGCUCAUCGUGUGUCUCUCUUAUCUGAUGAGCUCUAUGAGUCAACCAAAGUAAGCUGCAAUCGAAGUUGUGCAGAUAAGGAAGUGGAUGAUGUUAAGUGCGCACAUAAUCUUCAAGCAGUAUCAUAUAAUCUUGAUCGAGUCUUUGCUGCUCAUGUCUUAAAACCUAAAUGCAUUUCCAAUCAAACAUGGUGCCAGGAGAGCAUCUACCAGCUCUUGUACUACUGGGCUAACAACAUACAAGUUCAAGCCGCGCUUCACAUUCAAAAGGGUACUAAACCUUACUGGAUCCGAUGUAAUUCUACUUUAGCAUAUACACACAAUGUUGGCAGCAGCUUUUCUUACCAUCAAAAUUUUACCCAAAAGCCCAUCCGUGCCUUAAUCUACAGUGGUGACCAAGACAUGGUUGUAUCGUAUGUGACGACGUUAGGAUGGAUCAAGAUGUUAAAUGUCUCAAUUGCUGAAGACUGGAGGCCAUGGUUUGUCAAUGGUCAAGUUGCCGGUUGCAUGUCCAGGUAUACUACAAGGUUCUCAAAUGGCAAUUAUCAUUUGACAUAUGCUACUGUGAAGGGAGCAGGACAUACUGCUCCAGAGUACAAGCGCCCAGAAUGCUUCAUGAUGGUCAUGAAAUGGUUUGCAAUGCAGCCUAUCUAGUAUGAGGGGUACCGGAAAGUUUUGGUGCUUGUACUGUAUGUCAAUAAUAAUCGAUUACUUCUUUAAGGGUCAAUUGACUUCUUGAAAUGUCAGAUAUCAGUUUGAUAUUGGAAUUUGUUAGCAGUGUUGUUAACAUUCCUGUAUAUGUACGAUGCUAGCUGUUGAUAUCUUGAGUUCUUGACCACCAUAAACAGAGCUAAAUGUUUUGACAAAGGCCGUUAUUCCUUGUAUAUAGUUGCAUGUUGUAGAACUUAAGUGUUUGGACUUCGGAUGAAGAGAUUUGAAGGGAAAGGAGGGUGAGGAGUCAAGUUUUGCUUAUUUGGAUGCGAGAUGGAUUUAGGGAUGGGACGAGAAUUUAAAGAAUCAAUUUUCAUUCCCAGAUAAUAAACCAAACCUUCCUAAUAUUGGAAAGAUUUGACAGGAAAAUGCAAGUGCACUAACAAAAAUAGAGAGAAAGGGCUACAAGAGAGCACAGGGAAGUGAGCAAGUAUUUUUCCUAUCAAAUUUUUCCUAUCAAAUUUUUCCAACACUGGAAUGACUUCAGUUCUCUUUCCUUAUUCCCCCUUCCUUUCCUUUCUCCAAAUUGUUCUGCAUCCAACAUUUAAUGUUGAAAAAUCCUUGUUUGCAUAAAAUUUGAAUAGCUGCAGAUUGACUACCAUGCAAGGAUGAGACUUGAUUUCCAACCACGCCUCAUGCGUAUAGAACAGAAACCGAAGCAUAUUAUAUAUGGUCUAACAUUGCUAGGAAGUUUUCAAGUUUAUGUUAUCUCUGAACUAACCAAAGCCAAGUCAAUAUCCUUAAUUGGUGUGGUUAAUUCUAGCUGUUCUGCGAAAGGAGAAAGAUGCCGAGUAGUUCGAGAAUAGCAGGGGAGGUGACUUGUUUCUAUCUGCUGCAUACUGCAAAUCUGCAAA